UUUGUUUCUGUAGCGGUAAGUGUGUUCUCUCUCUCACUUGGGAGUGGGCAAACGAUGCAGUGCUCUUCUGCUUUCUGUUCUGCAAACCCUCUCUCUCCAUCACUUUAUCUCUCUACCUCUCCGCGUUUCACAGUGCCCUCUCAAAAGGGGUUCAUUGGUUCUGUUAGCAUUUCUUCAUGUAUUGGCCAUUUACCCUUGAAUUAUUCUCGGAUAAAUAAACGAACCACCCUCUCUUCACUGCAGAGUAAUGCUACCCAAGAGAUGGUUCAAACCACUCAGAAUGAAGUCAAGUUCGUUGAAAUUGGGUACAUAAGCAGUGUUCAUGGGCUUCAAGGGGAGGUUCGGGUGAAAGGCAGGACUGAUUUUCCUGAACUGCGUUUUUCCAAGCCAGGUAGACGAUGGUUGAGGCAACAGGUUUCAGGGAGAGAAAAAAUUCAAGUAGUAGAUCUGGUGGAGGGAAGAGGACAAUCAGGACAGAAGGGAUGGAUUGUUAAAUUCAGUGAAGUUGACACGGCGGACAAGGCUCAACUACUUGUUGGGUCAACUAUGCUUGUAAUGGAAGAAGAAAGACCAGCAUUAGCAGAAGACGAGUUUUACUCUCGUGAUCUCAUUGGCAUGAGAGUUAUUCUUAAGGAAACUGGUGAACCAGUCGGCACUGUCGCCAAUAUUUUCAACACUGGAGCAAGUGAUCUUCUACAUGUCAUGCUUAAUUCACACAGAGACAGAGAUGACGGAAAUGGGAGGCCAGCAUCAGAACUAAGUGCUUCUGGUCCCCUUGUGUGGGUUCCUUUCGUUGAAGCUAUUAUUCCACAUGUUGAUAUGAAUAAAAGAGAAAUGCAGAUUACACCACCAAAGGGCCUCCUUGAGUUAAAUGUGCGUUCUGAUGAGAGGUCAAAGAAAGAAAGGCGCCAGAUUGAAUGGAAAAAGAGGAAACGCCUCAUAGCGGCAAAAAAGAAACUGUGUGAAAUGGAGCAGCAGCAUGUUUUUCAUGGUUUUAGAUUUGGAGAGAAAGCCCAAACGAGCUUACUUGCAGAUCAGAUAGUAGGUGUAAAUUCUAGGUUGCUCCAACACGCAUUACAGAAUAUUGAGAUACCCUCUAAGAGAUGGAGUUUAGGCGAGUUCUUCAAAGCUCAUCUCCAGGGGCAAUCGACAUAUACUCUGAAAUUAGCAGAUGAAAUUCUUACUAAUGGAAGCGGAGAGAAAUUAAAUGCAAAUUCCAGAUUGCGAGAAAAUGGCCAUCUUCUUACAUCUGAUGGCAAGGUUGCAAUUGUUCUAGUUGUGGAUGGCAGUGAAAAGCUUGGAAGUGGCUCUGACACCAAUCUUGUUGACCGCAAAAGAACUGAGGACCCUUGUCUGCUUUUAGAGGCCCUACUUUGUGAUGAUCAAAGAUUAGUAAAGAUAGAAGGUCGUGCAUCUGUGCCUUUGAUUUUGGUUUGCCCAGCUCAUACAAUCAGUUCUCUCCAAAAAUUGUUCUCAAACAAUGAUCACCUUGGUUUUGACCCCAAGAAGGUCUGGUUCUUGGAAGAAGAGAAGCUGCCAGUUGUUAGUUGCUCUCCAGAAGAAAACAAGUACAAGAUUUUGAUGAAGUCACCAUGGGAAAUACUCCAAAUGCCACUUGGGUCUGGAGGAAUUACUAGCUUACUUUCAUCUCAUGGCAUUUUGGAGAAUCUUAGUGAAAUGGGCGUGGAGUAUAUUGAGGUUCGCAACAUGAACCAAAGAUUUGUUGGUGGGCAAUCUCUACUUGGCCUAGUUAAUUCAUGUGACGCAAACAUAGGAAUACAAGUUUUCGAGGACAUGGACAAUCUUGAGGACAAUUUUGACAUGAUCUUUUCCAUGAAGUUUAUGAAACAGUUGACAAAACAGAUCAAUAAACUCCACUUUCAAGCUAUCUCAAGAUCGAGCACCCAUGUCGAGAAGGUUGACAAAGAGUGGGUUGAUGUCAUCCCCUCCUCGCCCAACUCUUAUGAGUUCCAUUGUUCAAUCUACGGUUCCCUGAACGCUUGCCCUCCCAGUAAGGUUUGUGUAAUUGAAGUGAGUGAGUAAUACAUAGAUAGGUGUAUGUAAUAGGGGGUGGAAAGCGUCCCCGAAGAAUGGGGCUUGUAUAUGGAAUACUUAUCUGCAAAUUGUAUGCAUCACCAGUAGAAUAAUGGGGUUGUAUAUUGAAAACUUAUCUGUAAAUGGGUCAAUGAAUCUCCUUUCAUUUGGUAUGAGUUUGGGUAUUGGAUUGAAGAAAGUUUUUAAGAAUUUUUUAUUCAAAUUCAAAUUCAAAUUCGAGUUUAAAAAAAAUAGGAAUCGGAGUUGGUA